AGCCACGUUGGGCCGUGAAAUUGGGCCGUGUGUAGGCGCCAUUUUGUUUUACUUGUUACCGUCUUUCCGGGCGUUGUGUGCCCUAGGGAGUUAUGAAAUCGCUAGCUCAUUAUAAUCGUAUAUAAUUUUUUGCGUGUGGGCGGGUGUGUCAGGUAUGCCUUGUGAUGUCACGGAGAGCCGCAAAAACUGCCACUAAUCGUAGCCAAUGGAGGAACAAGUGACUGCACUCUCGCCGCUGCACAGCAACCAAGUUGCUGAAGUCACGGCCGAGACAAGGACCGCCAAGCGCAAGUCAGGUGAAGCCUCUAACGCAUCCCCGGGCAUCAAGUGGUACAAGCAGAAGUUUAGAGACUCCUGGCUGCAGGACGAGCGCUUCAAAAACUGGCUGGUUAGCGUGCCGCACGAUCCGUACCGUGCCAGGUGCAAAUUGUGCAACGCCGAUCUUAGAGCGGGCAAGAGCGAACUGGAGAAGCACGCGCGCACCAAGCACCACCGUGAUACUGUCAAGGCGGUUGAGGACGUGAAGGCCUUGCUGGGCUUCGCCAACCAAGCCGAAGCGCAGACGCUGCCGGAGAUAGUAAACGACAUGCAGUCAGCUGAUCAGUCUAACAAUUCGUUCCAGGUGCAGGAGGAAGAACUGUCGCGGCCCGUGACCGCGCUUGUGCCACGGAGGAGGAGAAUGUCAACCCCACCACCUACAGAGGCUCCAGCACCAGCCGUCCGGUGUCACCUGCCGCCUUUGGGCAUCUUGCCCCAAGUUCAGUGUCGCGCACCUGAUUUCAAAGGGAUAGCUGUGGUGGACAGCCAGAUCCGGGAAAUUCAACUGAGUGACUAUGAAGGAAAAUUCCUGUUGCUGUUCUUCUACCCUCAGGCCUUCUCUCUCGCUUGUCCCAGUGAGCUUGUUGAAUACAGUGAUCGUGCUGCUGAGUUUCGGACCCUUAACACAGAAAUCUUGGCAAUAUCCACCGACUCCUACUGCACACUCCUUGCCUGGACUAACACCCCUAGAAAGCUUGGUGGGCUUGGCAAGGUCAAUGUCCCUUUGAUGUCAGACUUCACGAAGAAGAUCUCAAAGGACUACAAUGUACUGCUCGAAGAUUCUGGAACUGCAUUGAGGGCAUCUUUUAUCAUUGACACCAAGGGCAUGAUUCGUCAGGUUACAAUCAAUGAUGUGAACUUGUACAGAUCAGUGGACGAGUCGCUUCGAUUAUUGAAGGCGCUGCAGUAUGUUGAAAAGCAUGGUGCAGCAAUCUGCGCUUCGUGGGAACCUGAACCUUCCAUGGCACGUGGGGGUGAGCGCACUAGGGCACGCAGCAGAGUGGAUAAGUGAGGCCUGUUGCCUGGGACCUUUGUGCACCAUCCAGGGUCAUCACUGGCCGCCUUGUGGCAAUGAUUGUUGUCUCCUUUUAUGUAAUGACAUAUUUUGUUUCUAUUUUCUCAUCUGUACAGUACUUCACCCGCACUGUAAAUAUUUGAAGACAAUUUAAGCUGCUGUUGUAGUGCUCUCUUAAUUGUGUCGCCUGAAGAGAGCGUUUUGGGGCAUGGGGGAUGUGCGACUUCUCUCAUCAGUACUGUUUUGCUUCUUGGGGUAGGUGCUUUUGUUGUCAGGCUGGAGAGCCUGUGAUGAAUUGCUGAGUGCUGUCCAUUGUCACUAAUUUGUGUCUUUAUGGUUAUUUUCCUUUUGUGUACAUUUUAAAUUAUUUUUAGAACAACCUUUCCUUUUUAGAAAGAAAAGACACGUGCAUGCAUUGUGUAGGAGCUUGUUUACUUUGGCAAUAUGGAUCUUGAUGUUUUGUUUGCACCCAACUCCGUCUAUUACAUGAAAUAGUGCCAACGAGAAAUUAGGUUGCCUUAAGUUUCUUUUAUUUUGUGUAUAUCUGCAGUACUGUCUCGGAAUAUGCACUUACAUGCCUGUUUCCUCAGCAAAAUAAAUGCGGUUGUUCUUGAA